CAAGUUCUUUUCUUCGCAAACUCCAAGCGAGCUACACGCGUAUAUCGCCUCGUUGCGAAUUUGCCCGUAAACUGUUAAUUGCAAAUCCCCAAAAUGUCUGAAACUCUGCAGCUUCGCGGCCAACUUCUUGGCCAUACCGGAUGGGUCACUCAAAUCGCCACGAAUCCGAAGUAUCCGGAUAUGAUCCUGUCUUCGUCUCGUGACAAGACACUUAUCGUGUGGAAGCUGACUCGUGACGAAUCGAGCUACGGAAUCCCGCAGAAGCGUCUGUACGGACACUCGCAUUUCAUCUCCGACGUAGUGCUGUCCUCGGAUGGAAACUAUGCUCUGUCCGGAUCGUGGGACAAGACUCUGCGUCUGUGGGAUUUGGCUGCCGGAGUAUCGACUCGCCGAUUCGAAGACCAUACUAAGGAUGUGCUCUCCGUUGCGUUCUCGGUUGACAACCGUCAAAUUGUGUCCGGCUCGCGCGACAAGACGAUCAAGCUGUGGAACACUCUGGCCGAGUGCAAGUACACCAUCCAGGAGGACGGACACUCCGAUUGGGUAUCGUGCGUGCGUUUCUCGCCGAACCACACCAACCCAAUCAUCGUGUCGGCUGGCUGGGAUCGCGUGGUGAAGGUCUGGAACUUGGCCAACUGCAAGCUGAAGAUUGACCAUCUCGGCCACAACGGAUACCUCAACUCGGUGUCCGUUUCGCCGGACGGUUCUCUCUGCACGUCGGGUGGCAAGGAUUGCCGCGCCUUCCUGUGGGAUCUGAACGAUGGCAAGCAUCUGCACACGCUCGAGCACAACGAGGUCAUCAAUGCUCUGUGCUUCUCGCCUAACCGCUACUGGUUGUGCGUCGCCUACGGACCGUCGAUCAAGAUCUGGGAUCUUGCCUCCAAGACGAUGGUUCAGGAGCUGAAGACGGCCAAGAACGGUGACCCGCCACAGUGCUUGUCGCUGGCCUGGUCCACCGACGGACAAACCCUGUAUGCCGGUUAUUCCGACAACGUAAUCCGCGUGUGGCAGGUGUCGGUUUCUGCUCGCUAAGGUGGUAACGGGAAUGAUGAAACGGAACCUCUAGCGGUUCUUAUUCUUCUGCUCCUGGGAGAAAGAAGUGCUAUGAUAAGAUGUUUCUUUGUUCAAGAAAGAACGAAAUAUAAAGAAAUGUAAAAAUUUAA